AUGGCUCCCAAAUUCAAGGACGGAGAUACUGUCGUAUCUAUCAAUGGCAGAUGGGUGUCAUGGGCGCAUACCCUCGCCGCCUAUACUGCCUUCCUCGGGGCAUUGAUUGUCGGCAUGCGGCUUCACUACCACAAGAUUGUCCAAAACGAAUACUACGGCUACCCACAAGAAUGGUUCCCCUCAGUGUCGGCAACAAUUGGUGAUCGCUACCCGGAACGAUCGGUCUUCCAGCUGUUUAUUGCUAUCACCUCAGGCCCGCGCUUUGCUCUCGUCUUCCUCUGGUACAUCCUUACAGCUCGUCCAAACUCUUCCCUCCCGAAAUUCAUCGCUGGGACUGGAUUGUUCCGGACAUUGACUUGCGGUGGCUGGACAUAUAUUACUUCGACGGAUGAUCAUGAUUGGCACGAUAUAUUCAUGAUUUCAUAUCUGGUUGCUACCCUGCCCUGGACUUUGGGGUGCCUUGCCUUAAGCCCCAAUAACCGUCAGGCCGUGAAGUAUCGGAAGAUUCUUGCAGGCGUCUUUUUCGGCACACUUGUUCCAUUGAUAUACUACUUUAUCCAGCAUAAAGUUCACAGGGUGCCUGGCGCUUACACGAAAUACGCCUUCUUUGAAUGGGCGCUUGUCUUAUUCGACGUGGGAUUCGACGCGGUUACGGUCCUUGAUUUUAGCACAUUCGAAAUUGUGGUAAGAGAUGUGAAGGGUAUCAGCAGAGGAAGAUCGAAGACCGCUGGAGACGCUGUCCUUGAAACAAAGGAUAAACCUGUUGGUCGUACUUUUGGUGAAGGAUUUUUCUGGGCAGAGGCGAUUGAUGCGGCUGCUGAUGUGUACAACGGCUUCGUCUUCUGGUCCAUUCUAACAUCUCUCGGCGUUUUGGUGUGGUACUUCCCACUCUGGCAUAUGGGGAUAUCGGGCUAUGAAGUCUUUGUUAUGGCUUCAGUGUCUCCCUUUCUCCUAUCUAUUCCAGGAUUCCGGUAUUUUGCCAUACGCAAUGUUCGUUUUAUCCACCUCCUCUCUUUAAGCGGCCUUCUUGCCUACCUCAUCCAGCGCCCCGAGUACCGCCUUUUCACGGUUGGGUUUUCAGUAGCUAUGAGCUGCUUAGCCUGGCCAGCAACGUGGUACGGCGAAAGGUCGCAACCUGCACGUCUUGAGUCUCGGGUACUGGCAUGGGGCCUCGGCCUCCUCAUGUCAAGUGUAGCCAAGUUUGGGGCACAGACCAAUAAUCCAAUUUGGCCAAUUAUGCACCCGGGAAACGGCGGGUGGAACAAAACCGCCUUCAUCCUUGCUGUAUUGUCCGUUAUCCGUUCAACCCGAAGAGUUACUACAAGCGGCGACUAUUUCCCUACCACUGGUAAGAAGGGAUCAUCUGUCCUUGCUGCUGCAGGACUGGGCGGGUUGUUCUUUGCCAUGCACUCUCUUCUGUCGGACUCAAGCACUAUGAUUCUCUGGGUCUGGGAAGGGUUUCCUAUUCGAGGACCCAUAGCAGUCCCCCACGGAACUUAUACGAUCAUCGCAAUGGGUGUGGGUUUAAUGUUUGGAGUCUUCUAUCCCCGCCUAUCAGGCUCCUGGACGGCGUUUGGCAUUGGCUCUAUUGGCGCUGCCGUGUUAACCUCGUAUAGCCAUUGGUUCGGCUACUACGGCGGCCUCACACUUGCUGUCUAUCUGAUGUCCGUUUCGCCUGUGCUUAUCACCUCCGCUGUUCACCAUUCUCCCGCCACAUCCUUCGGUCUUGGCUUCCUUAUAUAUAACUUCAUGGUUCUGUUCCAUGUUUGGGUUGUUGCAUAUGCUUUCGUUCCCGGUGGUCCACUUGUGAGAGAGCAUACCGACUGGGUCAUGCUUACCUCAAUGCUCCUCAUUGGUGCUGGUGUAUUCUCUGCCGCCAUUUCGAAUUCCCAGUCCACUACGGUGAGGGGUAAGAGAUCCGUCUCGAGUAAUGGGAAGUCGCGAUCUUAUUACGUGUACAUCCUUGCCCUUCUUCAACUACUGUCGAUCUCAAUAUCAUAUCUUCGAUUCCCGACAAACGAUUAUACGCCCUACCACAAAAAUGAAAAACUGGUCACCGCUGGUAUCUGGACAGUGCAUUUCUCUCUUGACAAUGACAUGUGGUCUUCAGAGAGACGCAUGCGGGAUGCAAUCAAGGAUCUCGAACUUGAUGUUGUCGGUCUUUUAGAAUCAGAUCUCCAGAGAAUUAUCAUGGGUAACCGUGACACUACCCAAUUCCUUGCGGAAGAUCUGGGAAUGUACGUGGACUACGGUCCAGGACCCAAUAAGCACACCUGGGGCUGCGCUCUGCUCUCCAAGUUCCCGAUUCUCAACUCGACACACCACCUCCUCCCAUCUCCAGUUGGCGAGCUCGCACCAGCCAUCCACGCCACUCUAGACAUGUACGGCGAACAUGUGGACAUUGUGGUCUUCCACUCAGGCCAGGAAGAAGAUCCAGAAGACCGUCGGCUGCAGAGUGAGUAUCUGUCGAAGCUCAUGGGAGACUCUCCACGACCUUUGAUUCUACUCAGUUACCUCGUCACGAAGCCCCUUGAAGGUAACUAUAACACAUAUGUUAGCGAGGCGAGUAGGAUGAGAGAUAUUGACCCAAGCGAUUGGGAUCGGUGGUGCGAGUAUAUCCUCUACAAGGGAAUUAAGCGAACGGGCUAUGCGAGAGUGAGCCGGGGAACUAUCACUGAUACGGAAAUACAGGUUGGCAAAUUCCUCGUGGGUCAACCGGAAGAUACAUCUAACGUCCGCGUUUCCGAAGAUCAUGUACCUGCCGGACUGCGAUUCCCGGCUCUCUUCCGGGGCCAAGGCGUCCGUGGCCACAGGUACCAUGUGUUUGAUGAGCCGCGCUAUUUCGUUUGAAGAAUGUUGUAUUAUUUUUCUUUCCAUUUCUAUGUCUAUAUACCUCCCGUUCUCUCUUUUUCCCCAUUUCUCUAUAUUUUGUCAUUCGUCCUGUUAUGUAUUUAUUAAUCUUCUUAUGAUCGUUUACUUCUCCCUUACUUCUCCGAUUAUUUGGUUUAUA